AUGUCGGCGAUGCGCACACUAUCCCGCGUCGGCUCUAAGCGGGUCAUCCUGUCAUGCCCUCCAGCCCGCAACUUCUCAUCAAGCAGGAGAUUGGAUGAUGCGCAGGCAGCCGUCGUCAACAAGCUGGGUGUCGUCGGCGCAGGCCAAGUAAAAUCCUCCUAGUCACUCCUUUGAUGCCACCAGACUAAUGCGUUGCAGAUGGUGAGUGCUCCUUAACACGUCCGACUGUCCAAUGGUAACUUCACCAAUGCAGAUGACCGCUGAUAGACACGAACAUCCAGGGACUGGGCAUCGCCCUGGUAGCUGCCCGUGCUGCACAGGUACCCGUUACGCUUGUCGACAGCUCCCAGGCCUCACUAGACAAGGGCCUUGCAUUCGCGGACAAGCUACUUUCCAAGGAUGUCUCCAAGCAGAAGCUCUCCCAGGCCGACGCUGACACCGUCCGUGGACGCUUAUCGGCUACGACCAAGCUGGAUGACUUGCACGAUGUGGAUAUGGUCAUCGAGGCUGUGCCGGAGAUUCUCGAUCUGAAGACUAAGAUCUUCGCCGAACUGGCCAAGACUUGUCCCUCCCACGCCAUCCUGGCCACUAACACGUCGUCUAUUUCGAUCACACGCAUUGCGGCGUCCACGACAAAGGUACGUCCUCGUCUUCGUCGUCAUGAGAGAGUGUGUCGUCUCAGACAUGCCACAUGAGGCGAUGCAAGCCACCCGCGAUUAUGCAGCCUUGUGCAGCGUCAUGCUAAUUGUAAUCACUAUGAUAGGACCCAACUGACCUCAGUGCGUCCUCUCGGGUGGUCUCCACCCACUUCAUGAAUCCUGUCCCGGUGCAGAAGGGCGUCGAGAUCAUUUCGGGCUUGCAGACAAGCCGCGCAACAUUGGCCACCGCUAUUGAAUUCUGCAAACGCAUGGGCAAAGUCACUUCGACUUCAGCGGACUCCCCAGGUUUCCUGGCCAAUCGCAUCUUGAUGCCAUAUAUUAACGAAGCCAUUAUCUGCCUAGAGACCGGUGUCGGCGACGAGAAGAGUAUUGACGACAUCAUGAAGAACGGAACUAAUGUUCCCAUGGGUCCACUGACACUUGCUGACUUCAUUGGACUGGACACCUGCUUAGCCAUUAUGGAAGUUUUGCAUGGCCAACUUGGCGAUUCGAAGUACCGACCUGCCGUGAGACUUAGGCAGAUGGUUGAUGCGGGUUGGCUUGGUAAGAAGACUGGCAAGGGCUUCUAUACGUACUAG